AUGUCAGAGUUUCCCGAGAUCCAAGGGGGAGGCUCACUGAUUGUUGCUUGGCAGGUCAAGAACAAGCAUGUCCUGGUUGUUGGAGGCGGAGAGGUUGCUGCUGGGCGUAUUCUACUCGCACUCAAUGCUGAUGCCCGCGUAACCGUCGUUUGUCCCGCCUCCGGGCUGAACAAGGAAGUUGCCUAUCGCGUCGCCCAGAAACAAGUCACACAUGUUGAUCGCAACUUUGAGCCAAGUGACUUGGACACGGCUGAUAUGGUCCUAUGCGCCAUCGAUGACCCGGAGGCUUCGACUCAAGUCUGGAAGCUAUGCAAGGAACGACGCAUCGCGGCGAACAUUGCAGAUGUUCCGCCCGAGUGUGACUUUUACUUUGGCAGCAUCCACCGUGAUGGUCCGCUCCAGAUCAUGGUUAGUACCAAUGGCAAUGGUCCAAAGAUGGCCAAUUUGGUGCGCAAGAGGAUCGCCGCAGCUCUACCGAGUAAUAUGGGUGCAGCUAUUCAGAAUGUGGGCAAGCUACGGAAGAAACUGCGCGAGGUUGCGCCCAAUACGAACGAAGGACCCAAGCGUAUGAAGUGGAUGUCUGGGGUCUGUGAAUCCUGGAGCUUGGAAGACUUGGUUGGAAUGACCGAACAGGAUAUGGACGGGCUACUCUCCCAUUACCAGGCAGGAGACAUUCCACCCCUUCUAGAAGUACGGAUGAAAAACCUUUAG